AUGACGAACGUUCAAGAAUUUGUUCUCAUUGAAAAAAAUCUAAGGAGUAAGAUUGCGAUCCCUGACCAGCUCCGACCAGCCCCGACCAGCCCCGACCCAACCCCGACCAGCCCCGUCCAACCCCGACCAACCCUCGACCAACCCCGACCAGCUCCGACCAGCUCCGACCAGCCCCAGAAAGUCCCUGCCAGCCCCGACCAGCCCCAGAAAGCCCUAGCCAGUCCCAACCAACCACGACCAGCCCCAGAAAGCCCUAGCCAGUCCCAACCAGCCCCGUCCAACCCCGACCAGCCCCGUCUAGCCACAGAAACCCCAGAAAGCCCCAGCCAGUCCCGACCAGCCCCGACCAUCCCCAUCCAGCUCCGACCAGCCCCGACUAACCCCGACCAGCCCCAGAAAGCCCCAGCCAGUCCCAACCAGCCCCGACCAGCCCCAGAAAGCCCUAGCCAGUCCCUACCAGCCCCGACCAGCCCCAACCAGCUCCAGAAAACCCUAGCCAGUCCCUACCAGUCCCGAGCAGCCCCGACCAGCCCCAGAAAGCCCUAG